AUGCACACUGAUCGGGUUCAUCGACGCAAACAGUUUUCCAGCUGCGAUGCAUGUCGCAAGUCUCGCGUUGCCUGCGACGCUUUGCGAAGACGCUCUGCGACCGGAGAGUCGAGUGUCGCCACUUGUAGCCGCUGUGCGGCUCGGAACCGACACUGCAGCUUUGAGUGGAUGAAAAAGGUCGUUUCCAGAGCAGAUGGGUCCAGUCCUUCAUCAGAUCGCUGGAAUCCGCUUCUUUCCCCGCCGCCGUCGUAUGGCAGGAGCCAGGAGGACGGAUUCAAUCUGUCUCCACAUUUCAACGACCCUGGGGUAGAUUCGCCUCGAACUGGUGUGGAUGAGAGUCCAGUACCCGGCGACCAUGGGACCCCUACACCCUCCGCCCGCUCCUCACUGAUCAGUCUGGAAGUCUCGGACUGGCUUCGGUCAAUGUAUGAGGAUGUAUUUGAGCAGGUCUUUGGGUCUUGGCUGGGCAACUACAGCUGUCCAUUCUCGUUCGGGGAGAACGGUCACUUAGAAGGCGGCGCAAGCGAUCAUCCAGGAUUAUCUCUAUCAGUCAGCAUUUCAUCGCUGUGUAGACAAUUCGACCAGUUGAUGAAGGACCUGGAAAAGCAAGGGCCGACGGGUGCGAGGUCACACCCUCCAACACAAGCCGAAUUGGUAAAGGAAUGGCAGAUCGAGACCACGCUGAACCAAGCAAUUCAGACCUUUUCAGCCCGAUGGCUUCCCUUGACAUUUCACUCGACUGAUCAAAAAUUGGCGCAAACACCAUUGAUUCAGUCCCUCUGGAGGGAACUGAGACAAAACCUUCUCAAGUCCAUGAAUCGACCCUGUUAUCGGUCUAUGCUGAGCUUAUACCUUUUUGCUAUGGUCCCCGUACCGGUCGGAAUACCCGAAGAAGAGGAGGAAAGUGGUGUACCGGCUCAAAUAUGCGUUCAAGCUGCUUUACAACAAGUGCAGUAUCUUCGUGCGCGGCAAAGAAGUCUGGAAUUCAAUGGUUCGAAGGUCUCUCUUCUAUCAGAUCAAGCGACACCUAUAUCCACCCCGGAGCAGAUUCGAUCCGAGUUUAUGCACAUUGAAAGUAUGAUAUACUGGGCUGCCAUGACGUUUGAUACUUCGUCGGCCUUGACUUUUAAUACUAAGUCUGUCCUUUCCUCCGGCCUUUUGGGCUGGGAAGCGGAGUCCUCGUGGAGGAUGGUCCAGACCUGCACGAACAUAUUCCAUGAACAGUCUGAGAGAUGGCGUACUCAUGGAGUAUUGGUCAAUGAAGAAACAGCAAACCAAAUCAUUGGUGCAGCUCAUUGCUGGAAGCUCCGUGUGUGGAAAAUGGGCACAAUUCUGAAGGAGGCGCUUCGCGAAGGUCAUGGCGAAGACGCCGUAUACCACGCACAUACCUCCGCCGCAGAGGCAAUCAGACAAUUUAAUGUCACUUAUCGCCCCUUGCUGGCGGCGUGCGAGAGGCGACUUCAAUUUUUGUCGCAGCAUACAAAGCUUCGCUGGUACGAGCUGAUGGUGCAUCACCACUUGAGCAUCCUCAUUAUGAUUGAUGCCAUUGAGAUUGCUUCAAGAGAAGACAUACUCGAGAAGAUGAGUGUCACAAAGUCAGACGCACAGGGCAGUCUCCUCAACUGCCUCCAGUUCGGUCUCAGUAAUCACUUCACGAUUCCCACACGACAAGGCCAGGCCAGCAGUGCUGGCUCGUUCCCACUAGUGGCCAUCGAUCCUUAUCCCCAUCACCUUCUUGCUGGUGUCCAGCUAUUGUGGAAAGGGAUUGAACGAGACUUUGAUGAUGGUCAGAUGGAUCAGAUGACGUGCGAGAAUCUGCAGUCAAUUCUUCUUCAAACGCUUGAACUUCUCCCACAGACGUCUAAGUCGGUUCGGAAAGGUACUGAGCAGGCUCAGCUGGCGUUCCUACGACGAGGACGAUGA